CCAUGUUGCUGGAAGUCGGUGUCAUAUUGGCGACUGUGAGCGUAUGGCAUUUCCAAGAGCAUCGCAGUGAUAUCUUGACAGCACCUGGGGCCCUGUCGUAUGCAUGGCGGAGCUUCCUGGGAAAGCCUAAGGGCGGUCUCAAGGACUCUGUGAAAAGAAAGAACAUGGAAGUCCAUUUGAACAAGCUGCGGAGUCCCGGAUGCAUUCGGUCGAACAGGUGUUGCACCAUGCACGUCUCUGGGACUGCUCAGAUUUUGAUGAUCUUUGCAGCGAAGAAAGUGUCGGACGGCUAUGCGUGUUUUGACAUGCAGCAGUACCACGCAAACCAAGCAUAUGUGGUAGGGAAAACCUGCUUGAUGGCAACGCUCUUUGUGGACAUGUGGGUGGCGAUACCCAUGGGCAUCUUUAUCAGUUUCUUGGAUGCUCGGCUCUUCAUUUCCCACGGCGGAGACUUGGUGGACAACGAGGUAGCAGUGUUGAUCCUGUACAUCUUCAUUCCUACCGUGGCUGAGUUGACUGCCAGGAGAUUCAUCCAAGGCUUGCUGGAUGCACAUCUGAUGGUUGCCGGCUUCCGGAAGAUGUUGAAAGGCAUCAGUGAUGGAGAAUUCUUAACCGACAGCAACUUUAACAUCCAUGGUGAUGCCAAGUGCCUUGAGAAUCUCUUGGCCCUGAAUGCGGAGCUCACCGGAACCUCCUUCCUGUCUUGGCUUUGGGAUGAUAAGGAACAGCACGCAUUUCAGCAGUUUGUGUGGACAGACAAAGAGGAGGAGAGUGCGCCAGGCUGUUUGCGAAUCCACUUGAGGAACUCAAAGGGGCAAAGCGUAGCCUUAGAUGCUUGCCACGUGAAGGUGCCAGAUUUGUUUGGAGCCGUGCAGUAUCACUUGAUCGCGCUGAAAGAAGACCCUGAGCAGGUCAUCGAAGACCGGCCCGAUGCCCAGGUUGCGGGCUCCUUACCACCCCAGCUGCUGACCUCAGACCAGCGCAGCAACAGGGCGGCGGCGUCCAGCUCGGAGGGCUCACUUUGCAGCUCCUGCAUCGUGGAUUCCAUGAAGGAACUCUCGGCUUCUCGGCACUUUUGGCGUUUCACGGGCAGGGAAAUGACCUUUCUGUUGGAUGGCAGCUCAGAGCACUUUGACAUGUUGGAGGCACACCUCCGCUUCAACCGGGUGACGGAUGACUUGACCUCUGCAAUGCCGCACUUGAGGAAGUUCGCAAGGCCAGUGGAUUGGGGUUGGCUCUCCAAUGACCCUUGGCCGACCUUGGCCGAGCUUGGCCGGGAUAUCGCUCAAUACAUUUGGACCGGCUUCUCGCAAACCUCAGUUCCAGGGCCGAUCUCAGUAGGUCCUAUGUUCUUCCGCAUGCCGUACGACUCAUCCAGGUACCUCCUGGCCAAGCAUGCCCAGUUGUCUCUGGCUUCCCCCUUGUUCGUCCAUGGCAACAGCGAGAUGGAUCAGGAGGGCGAUGGCAUCGAUGGCCAGGCCGGCCAAGCCUCGUCGUCUCCACGGCCCAUCCGCUUGUACCUGCACCUGAAGAAUUUCGCACCGGGGGAGCUGCCGCACAGAUCCAACUUGAGUGGGAUUGGCGAGCAGAGGGUUGACAUUCCAUCACUUGGAGAUGAGCUUCACGAGAUUGUUCCAAACAAU